AGCCAAUCGGGUGCGGCCACAGUGUGUUUGGAAACAACAUUGCUCCUCUGACGUGCCCAGCUUCCACCCAGAACUUUCACUUCUCCGAACCGAACCCGAACCUUCCCUGUCUCCCCUGGAGAUAUUGACAAAACAAAACCGGUGUGUUUUACCAUCCUCUCGUGCGUAUUCCAGUCAAAUAGAAUCUACAUCAGAAGAGCGAAACUAUGGAUUCCGGGUCGGAGACGGUGAGUCUUUACGUCAAAACGCCCAACCAACUUCAGGAGGUCGUGGUCGUCGAGAGAGCCCAGGUGAACUGGACCGUCAGGGAGCUGAAGACUCACCUAUCCGCUGUUUAUCCGACGAAACCGGCUGUGAGUGACCAGAAGCUCAUCUACGGAGGAAAGCUCCUGCCUGACCACGUACGCAUCAGAGAGCUCUUCAAAGAGCCUGGCUCGUCUCUCACCGUGCACCUGGUGCUGCCGCCCCGCAGUCUGUCCCCAGCUUCACCUGGAGCGAGACCCAAGACUAGGGAGGCAGCAGAUCAGCCCAGCACCUCCGGUUUUGCACCAGCAGCUUCUGCUUCUCCCACUCUGCGGCAGAGGAGGCACACGUCUUCACCUGCUGCUGCAGAAGCUCCUUCACCUCCUCCAGAAUGUCCCCCAACGCCUCUGUCUGCAGCUCCACAUUUGACCCCACCAGCCUUCCCCAACUUCUCGCUGUACAGCCCCCAACAGCUGCUUUGGCUGCAGCACGUCUACGCUCGGCAGUACUACAUGCAGUACCAUGCAGCUCUGGCAGCAGCAGCCGUCCCCUCAGCAGCGACCCCGACUGUGGUCCAACAUCACCCCGUUCCCGCCCACCAGGUCCCGGUCCCCGCCGCUCUCGCCAACCAGAACCCCAUAGACAACCUGCCGGUGAAUCAGAACCCAGCACAGGACGGCGCUUUCAUCGACCCCGCCGGGGCCAACCAGAACCUGCGCAUGAACGCGCAGGGCGGCGCGGUGAUGGAGGACGAGGAGGACCUGGAGCGAGACUGGCUGGACUGGCUCUACUCAGCCGCCCGAUUCGGAGUUCUGCUCAUGAUAGUGUACUUCAACUCCAACCUGAGCCGCUUCCUGUUGGUGAUGAGCACGCUGUUCCUCAUGUACCUACACACCGCUGGCCUCUUCCCCUUCAGGAGACCAGCACCGGCUCAAGGACCCAAUCUCCAGCAACCCCAGGAGGCUCAGCAGAACCAGGAGAACGAUGAGCGAGUCCCAAAUCAUGUGGAAGCCGAGGACCGACCCGCAGAGGAGGCUGGCGCCGCAGAAGCAGACCCGAUGGUGGCAGUGUUGGUUCCACCACACAGGGUCUCAGCCAUGUGGACCAUGUGGGUUUUCUUCAAAACCUUCUUCUUGUCACUCAUCCCUGAAGCUCCUCACGGCGUCGCCAAUUGACCCGCCAGGAUCCAGCUGAGACCAACCGCGCUCCGCAGGCAACCUGCCUGGUGGCUUUCUCCCUGAACACAGAUGGACUUUUGUUCAGUGCAACACAAGUGGAACCAGCAAAGUGUGGACUGGAGCGCUGCGCUCCUGAUGAUAGAAAGUCAGGAGGAGGACUUUUUCAGGACGGCGAAGAUCAAGUUUCUCGUCUUUUCGCGCUCGAUCAGACAAAAUGAUUCUUUUCUUAUUAGAGCACUUUCAGCUUUGUUGUCGCGUCACCGAGAGAGGUCCUGACCAGGACCACGAUGGGUCGCACACAAACGCAUGUUUUUUUGUUUUUUUUAAUUUAACGUAAUCGAGCUUCUGCGUACAAAAACUGUUGAUAUUAACGAUUUUAAUAUUCUGUAAUAAAACUGAAACUGUUAAAGCUCACCAACAACAUGAUUUU